GCGGCCCGGUGCCGCCACCGGUACCCGGCGCUGUCCGCGGUUCUGGCCGGGCGCUGUCCGAAGUUCUGGAGCCGGCGGCGGCCCGGGCGGGGCGGCCCCGGGCGGGAGGCGGUGCCGGGCGUUGCGCCGGGGCCGCCCCGUGCUCCGUCGCCGUCACCGCCGCCGUCAGCGGCCCCGGGGCCGCCCCCGCCUCCGCCCCGGUCCGGGGACACGGCGGAGGGAUCUGAGCUCCCCCAGCCCGCUGCUCCAGCGGGGUCCCUGCACGGUGCCAGCGGGGCGACGGAGCCCUGGGCGGGGAUCAGAGCGGGAAGGCUGAACGGUGGGAGAGUUCGAGGGUGGAACCCACGACCGGAGCCCCCGCGGCUCCGCCGUACACCAGUAGGGGGGUCUCAGAGCCGGCACUGCCGGGUCUUAGGGAACCCCGUUCCCGCCAGGUUCCAACCGUGCCCGGUGAACCCCCGUGACCCCUCCCGGCAGGGGCGGGGCUCCCCCGCCACCCCCGUCGCUGGCCCCGCCCAGCUUCCCGGGAGCUUACGGAGCGUCACUUCCGGCAUAUCGCGAGACGCUUCCGGCAGCGCGGCCCCGCCCAUUCCGGCGACGGCACUUCCGGGAGCGGGGCCGUCCCGCCGCCAUCUUGGGCGGGCUCCGGGGCUGCGGCGGCGGCGGCGGCGGCGGAGCGGGUCCCUCCAUGGGAAGAUGCAGCGGGCGGGGCCGGAGGAGGCGGCGAGGGCGCAGGCGGCGGCGGGGGGACCCGGGCGGAGCGGGGCCGAGGUGGCGGCGGCCCCCGCCGGGCGGCUCCUGAGGCGGGAGCUGCGGCUGCUGGAGUCCAUCUUUCACCGCGGCCACGAGAGGUUCCGCAUCGGCAGCGCCUGUCCGGACGAGAUCAGCUGCGAGUUCGUCCCAGGGGCCGGGGCCCGCGCCGGCGCCUCCGCCUCCCGGGGGCCGCCGCCGGGACCCGUCCGUAUUCACUGCAACAUCACGCUUUUGCAGCACCUGAAGCGAAUAAUCUCUGACCUGUGCAAACUCUACAACCUUCCCCAACAUCCAGAUGUUGAAAUGCUGGACCAGCCUCUGCCAGCAGAACAGAGCACCCAGGAAGAGGUGUCCUCUGAAGAGGAAGAUGAAGAGAUGCCAGAGGACACUGAGGACUUGGACCACUAUGAGAUGAAAGAGGAAGAGCCGGCAGAUGGGAGAAAGACAGAGGAUGAAGGCAUUGGGAAAGAAAACCUGGCCAUUUUAGAGAAAAUAAAAAAGAACCAGAGGCAAGAUUACUUAAAUGGUGCAGUGUCUGGGUCUGUUCAGGCCACUGACCGGCUAAUGAAGGAGCUCAGGGAUAUUUACCGAUCACCAAGUUUCAAGGGCGGAUACUAUGCAGUUGAACUAGUGAAUGACAGCCUGUACGAUUGGAACGUCAAACUCCUGAAGGUUGAUGAGGACAGCGCUUUGCACAACGAUCUCCAAAUCCUCAAAGAGAAAGAAGGAACAGAUUUCAUCCUCCUCAACUUCUCUUUUAAAGAUAACUUUCCUUUUGAUCCACCAUUUGUAAGGGUUGUAUCCCCGGUGCUGUCAGGGGGGUAUGUUUUGGGUGGCGGUGCCAUCUGCAUGGAGCUGCUUACGAAACAGGGCUGGAGUAGUGCCUACUCCAUCGAGUCAGUGAUCAUGCAGAUCAGUGCAACGCUGGUGAAAGGGAAAGCACGAGUACAAUUUGGAGCCAACAAGAACCAGUACAGCCUGACAAGAGCACAGCAGUCCUACAAGUCCCUGGUUCAGAUCCAUGAGAAGAAUGGCUGGUAUACACCACCCAAGGAGGAUGGCUAGUGUGGAUGCUGCAGGACCAAUCUGAAUAUCUUCUGGAUGCUCUGCUUGGAUCUUAGUGAUGCCUCUUGGCUUUCUCCCAGGAUGUAAUAGCUCUGCCUGUUGCAGGACAAUACUGGCUGUUCAAAACUCUAAAUAACUGUUUAAGGAGUUGGACUGACCCAGAACACUUGCUGGGCCCAUGCUAGCAGGCAUUCUUGUUAAAACAAACUCUUGAGCCUCUUGUAUUGCUGGAAACUUUUGAUUUUACUCCAGUCUAGAGCAUCCUCCUUACCUAUGCUAUGGAUUUAAUUUAUUUUCUUAUUUCAUGUACACUGCUUUUUUUUGUUACGGUGUAUGAUGGAUGUGUAUGGAAAAAUGUAUCUUUGGAGAAAAAUUACAGUUUGUUAAUUUGAGAAUGCUGGUCUAACUAUUUUUUUCCAAGCUCCUGCUGGGUGGUUUGUGCCCUGCAAACCCUGCUGCAGCCCUGGUUGCAGGGUGGGGCGGUCAUUGGAGCUGUGGUGUGCCCAAGCCCUGCAGGAAGACUUGGCACAACUACCUUGGAAGAAGAAAAGCCCUUUUCUUUUUUGACAGUAAGAGAGCAGUGUUUCUGCUCCAUCUUCCCUGGGCAAACCAGCUUUUCUCUAUAAACUGCAGACUUACAACUCAAAGCACAGAGGGGAAAAUCUGUGAGGUUGUCCUCUCCCCUGCAGUGGAGGAAGGUUUUGUGGGUGUGUGCCAGCACUGCCAGCUCCCACCCCACACUUCUCCCUGUCUGUUUGCCAAGCAGUAAGAUGAGCUGAGGCCUAAGCUUUGUCCUGUUUCUCCCCACUAGCCAUGCAUGGAGGCUGAGCCCCUUGUCCCCAUCCCUGCUGUGCUGUGGCUGCAAGCUGCUGCAGGGAGUGGAACGUGGGCACUGCUCUGUCCUACCACUGCUUCCAUUCCUGACCAGGACCUGUUCCAGCAGUGAACACCCCGUUCUAUGGGGUUUUAUUUUACUUUCCUUAAGCUACUGUUCCUGCUCACCUUUGUACUCCAGCCCUUCAUGGAUGGGGUUGCUGCAGUUGUGGCCUGUUGUCUUGAAUCCCCAUGGCCUCGUUUUGAGUCUGCUGGAAGGAGAUUUAGCUGUUGGAGCUCUUCUAACUUGGGCCAUUGUCCUCGUCUGGAGGACAGAACUGACGCACUAGUGUCAAAGAUGGAACCAUGCAUAUUAAUUCACUGUGUUUGAAUAAAAGUCAUUAGAAAAUCAAA